AGCAAGUCAUUCCGAGCAGCAGAUUGGUCCCUGGAGUUGUCGCUUCCGUUCCGUGGCCUGGCGCUGACCGCUGUUGUGCGGCUAAACCUCCGUGGCCGCUAUCUGCUGGCUCAUACUUGGCUAGUGGGUGAGCUAGCUGCUGACCAGUUUGGGAUCCGAUUUGCGCAUGCAGAGAGACUUCCGGAAUGCCAAAUUGGUCUGUUUGAACGUACAUCGCUCGUACGCCCAUGCACUCCCGGAGCCGAGCAUCCGCAAGAUCAACCUGGUGGACUGUUCGAUGAAAUAACUUGCCAAGUCGAGGCACUAAAGUGUGAGGUCAUGGCGGAGGAGAAGCUCGAGGCGCAGAUGGAGUUUGCCCGCUACGAUCACGAGAUCCAGUAGCUGCGUGAACAACCCGCAUGCGGGAACUGGACAAGGACUGCAAAAAGACCGAGUGGGAGAUGAAGGAACACUUCGUCAUCGAUUCCCGCGAGCGACUUCAGCAGCAAAUGUUCGACCAGCGAAUGGGCUUUCAAGGCAACAACAGCUUCAAUAACCGUAACAAAUUCUUCGAUAUGAUGAACCAGGGAGGUGGUGGUGGCGGUGGAAAUCGUAAUAACAGCUUCGGAUGGGAGGUUCGCGACUACGGCCACGGAGGACGAAAGAGGCAGUCUCGGUUUCAUAACCACGAAAUGGAGCAGCAGCAGGACCAACAGCAAGGCUAGCAGCAACAGCAGCAGCAGCUUCAAGAAGGUCUGCCCGACCAGCCAGACCAGCAGGGACCGGGACAGGAACAAGGUUCUGGAGGUCCAUGCGGUGAAGGUGGCAUGGUAGACGGUGGUAACAUUGGACGUAAACCACACAGGAUAGCAGCUCCAGAUCGUUUUCUAUGUUCUGGCGCUGGCCCGCUUCCAGAUUAAGUUGCUCGCGGAAGAAACACUUCGACAGCGCAUCCCGCCAGGCAGCAACGACCACCCGCCAACGCCAGCGGAACCAUUACCGAACGGAAGGUGGUGUAGUUUUCCAAGCGGAAAAACAUCAUAUCGAAGUCACUCCUCGUUCGAGAAAGGCGAACAGCCGCAUUGAUGGUGUUGCACCAUAUUGUCGUUUUGGCAUUCGCGUUGAAAAGGCCUCUUGGCCGCUUUUCGCUGGACGACUUGCCAUCAUAAACCAACUCCGCUUCUAGACGAGUUUUAAUCUGUAGUUUCACCAAAAAUCCCUUUUCCAACUAAUUUUCGAUCUUGAACUAGCAUUGGAAAGAUGAACUCGUUUUUUUAAACAAAUUCUUGAGUUAGAAGAUUUUAGGGGUAAGGGGCAGACUGGUCCAGGGAUGCAGCAUGGGCCACCCUUGGUUUUGGGCUUUAGAAUGGAUUAACCACACCGAAAACUACGAGUGAACUUAUUGUAUUAAAAAAAAAAUUACAAAAAUGUUUUUUU